UGGGUCAAGGCCGGGAAAGUAGCACUUGUUCGCUGCCGCCCCAGAGGCCGGGGUCGGAGGCAUCGGGAGCGGGCAUGGCGACUCGGUGUCAGCCGGACUCGGGUUUCUCUGGAAACCCUCCUGGUAAGAGUGGAGGAGGUGGGACACUCUGACCCCAAGACAAAAGGCCUGUAGCUCCAGCCAAAGAAAAUAAACCUUAGGAAGAAAAACACACACCAAAAAAACCCACAAACAACAACACCACCACCCCCCAUCAGCUGUUCCUGAGAACAGCCCGCAGUGGAAUCGACAGAGGACAACUAAUGUGAGUGAGGAAGUGACUGUAUGUGGACGGUGGAGACAGUAAGUCACGUGGACCCCGAGGGCCUGGACUGGGUUAGGAACUGUGGUCCUCUCAGAGGUGAGGCGUCCAGAGGGGACAAGUGAAUGUGGUCUGGAGUGUGGCCUUGGCUCUACGGGCUGUGCUUUCCUCUGAGGCCGUCAGGGAGCUCAGCCCCUGUGUUCUGCCAGGGCCGGGUUGGGGUUUGGCAUUGAGUGGGGGGUGACGUGCUGGCUGGAGCAGCAGAGCAGUGGCCUUGAUUUGUCUUUUGGAAGAUUUAAAAACCAAAAAACACAAACGUUGUGGUCCUUCAGCAAUGCUUUCUCUGAAGAAAUACUUAACGGAAGGACUCCUCCAGUUCACCAUUCUGCUGAGUUUGAUUGGGGUGCGGGUGGACGUGGAUACUUACCUGACCUCACAGCUCCCCCCACUCCGGGAGAUCAUCCUGGGGCCCAGUUCUGCCUAUACUCAGACCCAGUUCCACAACCUGAGGAAUACCUUGGAUGGCUACGGUAUCCACCCCAAGAGCAUAGACCUGGACAAUUACUUCACUGCCCGGCGGCUCCUCAGUCAGGUGAGGGCCCUGGACAGGUUCCAGGUGCCCACCACCGAGGUGAACGCCUGGCUGGUCCACCGGGACCCGGAGGGGUCUGUGUCCGGCAGCCAGCCCAGCUCAGGCCUUGCCCUCGAGAGCUCCAGCAGCCUCCAGGAUGUGACAGGCCCAGACAACGGGGUGCGAGAAAGCGAAACGGAGCAGGGAUUCAGUGAAGAUUUGGAGGAUUUGGGGGCUGUAGCCCCUCCAGUCAGUGGAGACUUAACCAAAGAGGACAUAGAUCUGAUUGACAUACUUUGGCGACAGGAUAUUGACCUGGGGGCUGGGCGUGAGAUUUUUGACUAUAGUCAUCGCCAGAAAGAACAAGAUGUGGAUAAGGAACUACAAGAUGGAGUGGAGCAGGAGGACACCUGGCCAGGAGAAGGAGAAGAAGUGCUGGCACGAAACCUGCUAGUGGAUGGAGAAACUGGGGAGAGCUUCCCUGCCCAGGUGCCUGGUGGGGAGAACCAGACAGCCCAGUCCUUGGAAUUGUGCCUUAGGCUGCUGGAGUCCACCUGCCCCUUUGGGGAGAAUGCUGAGUUUCCAGCAGACAUUUCCAGCUUAACCGAAGCAGUGCCUAGUGAGAGUGAGCCCCCAGGUCUUCAGAACAACCUCUUGUCUCCUCUCCUGACGGGGACAGAGUCACCAUUUGAUUUGGAACAGCAGUGGCAAGAUCUCAUGUCCAUCAUGGAAAUGCAGGCCAUGGAAGUGAACACAUCAACAAAUGAGAUCCUUUACAAUAACCCUCCUGGAGACCCACUGAGCACCAACUAUAGCCUUGCCCCCAACACUCCCAUCAAUCAGAAUGUCAGCCUGCAUCAGGCAUCCCUGGGGGGCUGCAGCCAGGACUUCUCCCUUUUCAGCCCUGAGGUGGAGAGCCUGCCUGUGGCCAGCAGCUCCACACUGCUCCCACUGGUCCCCAGCAAUUCCACCAGCCUCAACUCCACCUUUGGCUCCACCAACCUGUCAGGCCUCUUCUUUCCACCCCAGCUCAAUGGCACAGCCAAUGACACAGCAGGCCCUGAGCUGCCUGACCCACUGGGGGGUCUGUUAGAUGAAGCCAUGCUAGAUGAGAUCAGCCUGAUGGACCUGGCCAUUGAAGAAGGCUUUAACUCUGUGCAGGCCUCCCAGCUUAAAGAGGAAUUUGACUCUGACUCAGGCCUCUCCUUGGACUCUAGCCAUAGCCCUUCCUCCCUGAGCAGCUCUGAAGGCAGCUCCUCCUCCUCCUCUUCUUCCUCUUCUUCCUCUGCUUCUUCCUCAGCCUCUUCCUCCUUUUCUGAGGAAGGUGCUGUUGGCUACAGCUCUGACUCUGAAACCCUGGAUCUAGAAGAGGUGGAGGGCGCUGUGGGCUACCAGCCCGAAUAUUCCAAGUUCUGCCGCAUGAGCUACCAGGAUCCGUCUCAGCUCUCUUGCCUGCCCUACUUGGAGCAUGUGGGCCACAACCACACGUACAACAUGGCACCCAGUGCCCUUGACUCUGACAAGCAGAUGAGCCGGGACGAGCAUCGAGCCCGAGCCAUGAAGAUCCCCUUCACCAAUGACAAAAUCAUCAACUUGCCUGUGGAGGAAUUCAACGAGCUGCUGUCCAAAUACCAGCUCAGCGAAGCCCAGCUAAGCCUCAUCCGGGAUAUCCGGCGCCGGGGCAAGAACAAGAUGGCAGCGCAGAACUGCCGGAAGCGCAAGCUGGACACCAUCCUGAACCUGAAGCGGGAUGUGGAGGACCUGCAGCGCGAUAAAGCCCGACUGCUGCGGGAGAAGGUAGAGUUCCUCCGGUCCCUGCGGCAAAUGAAGCAGAAGGUUCAGAGCCUGUAUCAGGAGGUGUUUGGGCGGCUGCGAGAUGAGAAUGGGCAACCCUACUCGCCCAGUCAGUAUGCUCUCCAGUACGCUGGGGAUGGAAGUGUCCUCCUCAUUCCCCGCACCCUGGCUGACCAGCAGGCCCGGCGGCAGGAGAGGAAGCCGAAGGACCGGAGAAAGUGAGCCUGGGGAGGAAGGGGGGUUGACACUCACCAAGAUUGAAACUGGAGAAGGGCUGGGCCUGGACCUGGACCUACAGUGGGGGACUUGAAUGCCUUGUUAUCCAAUAGAUCUCAGAUGGGAUGACUGUGGGUCAGUGGACAGGAAGAGGCGGGCAUAGGCACUGUCUGGCUCAGCUUCCCCCACUGGGGAAUGUCGAAGUUGCCAGACUGUCUGGGUGGACAGGGUCUUCACCCAUCCCCCUUUCCUUUGAGGGAAGGGGUGGGGGUGGUGAUGGCAUUGAUGGAGGCCGACAAAGGGGAAGGAAGGGACUUGUGAGAGGAGAGAAAAG